CAAGAGGCGAGCACAAAGAAAUCACACUGGUUUAUACUAGCUCGUGAAAACGAUAUUGGAUAUUGUAUUAGGAGUAUUGCAAAUUGAAAGCUUCGAAUUUAAAAGCGACUUUUCAAUUUAAUUAGGUGAUACCGUUAAAAGAUACAUAAUAGCUACCGAAUUUGUUCUGAUAUCAGUCCAAGAAGAAUGAUUAAAAAAUCAGCCUACUUUUACCUCUUCAGGAGAUUUGCUUCGGGCCAUGCUUGUUCGUUUUCUUUUCCUGAUCACACUAUCCCAUACACAAACACUUUGGAUUUUAUUCGUCCAGAACGAUCGGGUUGUAUACGAAUUUUUCAAGUCAUUGACAAGAAUGGUGAAACUAAAAUUCCUAAUUACAAAUCUAAGUUAGAUAAGAAUUUACUAAUGGAUAUUUUUAUGAAGAUGAUCACUUUGAGAACUUUUGAUAAAAUAAUGUAUGAAUCUCAACGUCAAGGUCGAAUAUCAUUUUAUAUGACCAGCUAUGGAGAAGAAGCAGCCACUGUUAGUUCUGCAGCAGCAUUAAAGCCAGAGGAUUUCAUAUAUGCUCAAUACAGAGAAGCUGGAGUUCUUUUAUGGCGAGGGCAAAAAUUAGAAAAUCUAAUGGAUCAGUGUUAUUCAAAUGUUGGUGAUAGAAAUAAAGGUCGUCAAAUGCCACUUCAUUAUGGAUCAAGGGAACUGAAUUUCUCUACUGUAUCAUCUCCUCUAGCUACUCAAAUACCUAUUGCAGCAGGAUCAGCUUAUUCAUACAAAUUAGCUGGUAAUGGAAGCGUUGUUGCCUGCUAUUUUGGAGAAGGAGCAGCUUCUGAAGGAGAUGCAUUCACUGGUCUUAAUUUUGCUGCAACACUUCAGUGCCCUCUACUGUUCAUAGUAAGAAAUAAUGGUUAUGCUAUAUCCACUCCUAGUCGGGAGCAAUACAGAGGAGAUGGAAUAGUUGCUCGAGCAUUAGCACUUGGAAUUCCUGGUGCAAGGGUCGAUGGAAAUGAUGUAUUCGCUGUAUACACUGCUACUAAAAUGGCACGUGAAAUAUGCUUUAAAGAAUGUAGACCAGUAUUAAUUGAAGCUAUGACAUAUAGAGUUGGACAUCAUAGUACCAGUGAUGACAGUACAGCUUAUCGGUCUGAUGAAGAGGUGAAACAAUGGGAACAAGGCGAUAAUCCAAUAAGUAGAUUAAGAAAUUACCUUUUAAAACAAGGCUUGUUGGAUGAAAAAGAAGAAGAAGAAAUGAGAAAGAAAAUAAAAGAACAGAUAAUGGAAACAUUUGUCAGCUGUGAAGCAAAGAACAAGCCGAAUCCUUUACUCUUGUUUACAGAUGUUUAUGCUAAAAUGCCUUCGAGAAUACGCCAACAAAUGUUAGAAACCAAAGAUCGAAUUGAAAAGCACAGUUCCAAUUAUGAUCUAUCAAAUUAUGAGCAAGCAGAAAUAUAAAAAAAAUACUGCAAAAUGAGACAUUUAUUUUUUAUCACAGAAUAAAUAAUAUAGAAAUCAUAUGAGUUGCAAAAAAUUAAAAUAAAUAAAUAAUAACUACUCAUAAGAAAAAAAUAAAUAAUUCUGCUUUAUAUUUAUUGUCUUUAUUAACUUAAAACCACCAUUGUAUUUUUAAACGCAUUUUUGUGGUUUUUUUGACUACAUCAUUCAGUCAUAAUAUUUA